AGUGUUUGAAAAUUUUGGCACCACACCGGAAACCCAAAAUCUACAGGGAAAAAAACGAAUUAAAAUCUAAUGUCUAAUAUUUUAUGAUUCUCAGCUUCAGGUGUCAUUAAUAUCAGAAUGUUUUACAUCACGUCGCACUAACUGGCGUGUAAAUAAAUCCCAUUGGCUGUCCAUAUUAUCGGUUCUGCGUCACUAAUCUUUCGCUUGUUUCACGUGUCUCCAUGGUAACGUCAGAGCUGCGCGAGCUGUGAGCUGCACGAUAGUUCACAUCAAGGAUGAAUUUGGCCGAGAUUUGUAAUAAUACGAAAAAGGGAAGGGAAUAUGCACUGCUCGGGAACUAUGACUCUUCGAUGGUGUACUACCAGGGUGUUCUACAACAGAUCCAAAAGCACUGUCAGUCUCUUAAAGAUCCUGCACUAAAGUUCAAAUGGCAGCAAAUUAGACAGGAGCUGGUGGAGGAAUAUGAACAGGUCAAAAGCAUUGUAAACACUCUGGAGAGUUUCAAGAUGGAAAAACCAGUUGAUGUUCUCAGUAAUCGACCAGAGGACUACAUAUCGGACCCUGCAGUGUGGCCACCCCCCACCCCUGUUGAGCACAGGAUACCUGUUCAAGUGAAAAGGCCAAACACUGGUGCGAAGGCCCAGCGUAAAGAGUGUCCUGUCCGAGGCGCUGCAGGAAAGGGCCAACCAAGUUCGAAAUCAGAUCGACCUGCUGGCCGUGACCCCCGCAAUCCUAGAGUUAAUGAAGAGAAGGGUAAGAAUGUCCAGGAGGGGGCAGCAGAAGGAGAGUUAAAGAAAUUUGAUGAUGCAGGUUAUGACAGUGACUUGGUUAAUAAUUUGGAGAGAGACAUCGUGUCAAGAAAUCCUAAUAUCCACUGGAAUGAUAUAGCAGAUCUGGAGGAUGCCAAGAAACUGCUACGGGAAGCCGUGGUUUUGCCGAUGUGGAUGCCAGAUUUCUUCAAAGGCAUACGGCGCCCAUGGAAGGGUGUACUGAUGGUUGGACCUCCAGGUACAGGCAAGACCAUGUUGGCUAAAGCUGUAGCUACCGAGUGUGGUACCACUUUCUUCAAUGUCUCAUCCUCCACACUUACAUCCAAGUACCGGGGAGAGUCAGAGAAACUUGUUCGGCUGCUCUUCGAAAUGGCUCGAUUUUAUGCCCCGACCACUAUAUUCAUCGAUGAAAUCGACUCGAUUUGCGGGAGACGUGGAACGUCAGAUGAACACGAAGCAAGCCGCAGAGUAAAAUCUGAGCUUCUGGUGCAGAUGGAUGGUGUAGGAGGUGCAACAGAAAAUGAUGACCCCUCUAAAAUGGUGAUGGUUCUGGCUGCAACAAACUUUCCCUGGGACAUAGACGAAGCCUUGAGGAGAAGGCUGGAAAAGAGGAUCUAUAUUCCACUGCCCACUGUAAAAGGGCGAGUGGAUCUGCUCAGGAUUAGCCUGAAGGAGGUGGAAUUGUCUCCUGAUGUUGACUUACCCACCAUUGCUGAGAAGACGGAGGACUACUCUGGUGCUGACAUCACCAACAUUUGCAGAGAUGCAUCCAUGAUGGCAAUGCGUCGGAGGAUUCAAGGCUUGAGCCCAGAGGAGAUCCGAGCGCUAUCUAAAGAAGAGCUGCAGAUGCCUGUCACUAUGGAGGACUUUGAAAUUGCUCUUAAAAAGAUCUCCAAGUCCGUUUCUGCUGCUGACCUGAAAAAAUAUGAGGCCUGGAUGAAUGAAUUUGGCUCUGUUUAAGUACUGAACAGCAGGAAUGAUAGGAAUCGCCAUCUCAGGCUUCAAUGCGUAAUUAUGCUGCUGUAAACAUUCAGCCAAUUUUAUAAAUAACAUUUAUAAAGUUUCUAAUUCGAGCCAUUGUUAUUUCUGACAUUCCUUAUAUAUUUAAUUUAGCUAAAUUAGACUAAGGUUCAGCAUUGGUACUCUUUGGCCUGAUUUGAUGGUACUGUUUACUGUGAUUUCAAUAAACCAUAGUAUAUUGUUUACUUUUAUACAUAUUUUACUUUUCUUUAUGGAAAUGUUAUUUCCUCCUAGCUACAGAACCUAAGUGUAAUGUUCGUUCUUUGCCAUACUUUGACAUUACACAAAACAUCAGGACCCAUAUUCAUAAAGAUUUUAAAAAUGCUCUGAGAGAGCUCCUAACUUAGCUUAAAAAUUCUAGAAUUAAAUUAAUCUAAACUUGAACUCUUAUCUUAAGAGUGAUUCAGGACCAAUCUCAGUGCAACUCUGAGCAAGGAAUAUAGAACAACUAGAGAGGAGGCGGCGAUAAACCCUGUUACUAGGUAUGACAUUCUUUUAGAUGCAUUCUUGUGAUUUAUUGUUCAAUAAAAUGAACUGGUUUUAAAAUCUGGUCAAUUAUAAGCCUUAAAUUUGUCUCUAUGUUAUUUGAGUCUAUAUCGUAUAGGGUUUACAUUUGUGACCGAUCAUAUUAGAGAUGCACUAACAUCUGUAUACAAAUGCAAUAAAUGUAAUGUUAAUGUUAAUAACCCUUACUAGGAUCUGCUCUUUAAUCAAAAUGUGAACACACCCACAUUUCUAAGAAUUUUCUUAGAAUUACGUCACUAGGAGCAACUCUUUGCCCUGGAGCUGGAUCUGAGAAGGGGAACUGAACACACACCCCAGACAGGAUGUCAGGUCAAUGCAGGGCACCAAGGCAGAGGCAGCGGUUUAAUCCACAACCUCCUAAAUGAUCUGAUGGGCCAUCGGUCAGAUCCAGUGAUACAGUCAUAAAUGAUAACUCUGGGAGACUAUUUAUAAUCCUCAAUGCUGUAGCACCCAUGAAUGUUUGUAUGAGUAAAUGUAAAUAUAUUUUCUAUAUUUAAUCCGAAUGUUAUUCCUAUUACGUUCUGAUUUGCCUUACUGAAUCUAAUAUAGACGUGACUGCUGUUCUCAGUGGGUUAUCUGGAUUUUUAAAAAAAAUGUGAGCCAAUACUGAAAAACUUAAUGAUCAUCUUAAUUGGCUUGGGGAUCUCUUGUAGCUUCGAGACGUGGAACGAUCCAAAUUAUUUCUUGUGCCCUAUUUUCUUACUUAUAGAACGAGUUCAUUCAAACUGCAGCUAAUAUUUUAUACCCAUUACAUGUAACUGCUCUCUUUAGUAAAAGGGCGAGUGGAUCUGCUCAGGAUUAGCCUAAAGGAGGUGGAAUUGUCUCCUGAUGUUGACUUACCCACCAUUGCUGAGAAGACGGAGGACUACUCUGGUGAUGACAUCACCAACAUUUGCAGAGGUGCAUCCAUGAUGGCAAUGCGUUGGAGGAUUCAAGGCUUGAGCCCAGAGGAGAUCCGAGCGCUAUCUAAAGAAGAGCUGCAGAUGCCUGUCACUAUGGAGGACUUUGAAAUUGCUCUUAAAAAGAUCUCCAAGUCCGUUUCUGCUGCCGACCUGAAAAAAUAUGAGGCCUGGAUGAAUGAAUUUGGCUCUGUUUAAGUACUGAACAGCAGGAAUGAUAGGAAUCGCCAUCUCAGGCUUCAAUGCGUAAUUAUGCUGCUGUAAACAUUCGGCCAAUUUUAUAAAUAACAUUUAUAAAGUUUCUAAUUCGAGCCAUUGUUAUUUCUGACCUUCCUUAUAUAUUUAAUUUAGCUAAAUUAGACUAAGGUUCAGCAUUGGUACUCUUUGGCCUGAUUUGAUGGUACUGUUUACUGUGAUUUCAAUAAACCAUAGUAUAUUGUUUACUUUUA